AGUUAUUAUAUCGACUAUCUAAUGUUUUGGAAAACUUCAAAUGAUUUUAAUGAUAAAGACACGGAUUUCGAUUUAGCACGCAAUCAAGGAGAUGUUUAAUUAUUACUUUUAAAAAGACCAACGUGCUUGAAAUUUGCUGCGUUUUUGAUACAUUAUCAACAGAAGAGAAUGGAAAAAUUAAUAAAAGAUAACCAAAUACCACAAGACCUAGAUAUACAAAACUUAAAUGAAAUUAAUUACUCUGUAGUGGACCAAGAUUUGUCUUUAAUACCAAUGGAAGUUAUUAGAAAUGUCAAUUUUGUUAAAUUGCGAGGUAAAAAUGUAAGAAAUGAAAGCAACCAUAAAAAUAUCUAUAGUUGUAAUCAAACGGAAAUUAUUAAAAGUUCUGAAGAAAGACGAAUUGUACUUUUUUUUAAUUGGAGAGUUAUGUUAGAUAAAAAGGAUCACUUGAUCAUUGUCGGAACUUCAGAUUGCGGAAACUUUAUAUGUAGUCAGCCUAUAAGUAAAAGAUUGACUGCCACAAACGUGGAAUCGAUUUUUAAAAACACAUAUCAUCUCAAUGGAAAUCUUGUAGAUUAUUGGGACGAAUUACCGAAUUAUAUUCGAUUCAAAUUCUUUAAUGGUUUUCCCGAGGAUUGGGAAAAUGUAAUAGAUAUUUGGAAAUUAUUUGUUACGCAAGGUUCCAUCUCCAAUUUUCAUUGGCCUACAUUUGAAUAUAUGAAAAAAGGACAAACACAUAAUGCCUUUAAAUUCAAAGUACAUUCUUGUACUUUCUGUGGUCAAAAAUGCAAUGGGCAAAUUCUAAAAGUUAAGAACGAUAAUACUAUACAUAAUAAAACUUAUCUGCCAAAUUCGACAGAUUUACCUUUUUCUAAUAUAGGACAAAAUGUAUAUAAUAAUAAUAAUAGUUUAGAUAAGGAAAAUCUACAAAAAUAUAAAAAUAUAAAUGAUAAUCAAUCACCUCAUCUUCCAAAAGAAAAGAAAGUGAACAAUUUCAAAGAAAAACAGAAUGCAGUUAUUAUUAAUCUACUAAACAAAGAUGUGCCUAAACAAUACAUUUCUAAAAUAAUAGAAAUUUUCGAUUUUGAUAAAAAUAUUUUGUCGUCUAGACUAGAAUGCAAUGUUGCAAAUAACACCGAAGUACAAAAUAACGAAGUGAUAAAUAACUUUGAAAGAAUUUACGAUGUGCCGCCAUUAACAGAAUUAACUGAUUCCACUAAAAACAAUGUAGAAGAAUCGCAUAGAAAUUCAAAGAUAGCUGUAAGAGAAAAACGACAUGUUAGCAGCGAGUCAGAGAAAACAAAUGAUAUGAUUUUACAACAAUCAGAUGAAGAAAAUGCUGAAACAUUAGAAAGUAAUGCUUAUGCGUGUAAACCUAGGAUCAUAUCUGACAAGAUAUUGUCAGAUAAGGAAGUAUUAUUAGAACGGUAUAAACGUCGUUACAGAAGAAGAAAAUCAUUUUGUAAUCCUACUACCCGAAAUUCUAGAAAAUUCCGAAAAUCAAUGAAAAACGACAGAGAAAUACAGCAUUUUGAUUUGGGUUUUAAUAAUAUUGAAAGUAAUAUAGAAUGUCAUGAUUCCGUAGAUCUCUCAGAAUCUACAGAUACAGACGAGAGAAAUGGGAGUAAUAUGAAGUAUUGUAUUAAAGGAUCCCAUAAAAAAAAAAGUAAUUGUUUUUCUAAUAAUUCUAAUUCUAUCACAGAGGAAUCAAAACGGGAGAAACAUUGGAAUAAAACAGAGGUGAUAAAACACGACGUAGAAAUAACAGAAAUAAUAAAAAGAUUUGUUGAUACGAAUCAGCCUGAUACAAUCAAAAAAGCUAGUAAGAAUAAUACUAAUAGUAACGAUAAUCAAAUAAUGUCGUUGAAAAAAAAGCAGAACAUUACAUCAGACCAUUUGGACAUUGCAAAAAGUCCUAUUUUGGAAAAUUACUAUGAUACGAAUGCAAAUGAAAAUACAACCAAUGAUAAACUAGAGUUUACACCUGUUUUAUAUGAUACAAAAAAUAUUGAAUAUGAAAAUGAGCAUCAAUCAAUAUCUGACGAAGAAGUUGGAAGUGAUGAUGAAAUUUAUGAUAAUGAAUAUAAUACAAAGAAAAAUUGUCAAACUCCAAGAGGUAAUGAUAUUCAAACUGAAUCCAAUAAAGGUCUAUCUUCAUCGGAAUUAACAAAACCUAAAUUAUUAUCUGAUUGGAUACCACAAGUUAUAUUUGAUUCUACUUUAACUAAUGGGUUCAGCUUGGUUUUUGAAGGACAAUUGCUUAACGAUGCUGGCCAUGUAAUUAAUAGAAAGUUCAUAACUAAUCCUAUUCAUGAACGAUUAUCGGCAACUUUAAUCAAAGAUAUAAAUGGAGAUAUUUAUCAACUUAUUGGAAAUUUGCAUAAUUCUAAACACGUUGUACCAACAAAAUUAAUGAAGUAUUGUCUCCAUGGAUGUCCAUUAAAUAUAAAUAAGUUUUGCAAAAUGUGGAAAUCGUAUGAAGAAGGUGCUACAAAUAAAAUAGUAACAAGACAGCAAACUAAAAUUACAAAUAAAUUUGAUGUCGCUACAAGUUCAAGAGGACGCAAGAUAUUCCCACCAUUAAAUUAUUGGACUGGAGAACGUGUCGUUUCUAAAAAUAAAGAAACAGUCUACACAGCAGGAAACAUUUCAAAGCGUUUUAAAGAUGUUAAUACUACACCAGAAAUGAUGGAAAAAAAAGAAAAAAUGUAUGAAUCACCUAACGAUCUAGAAUCUUCCAAAAUCUCAAAAGAGAGAAAGGCAAGUGAUGCAUCUAAAGAUGAAAAUUUCGAGUCAUUACUAACGUUAAAAAGAGCUGAAAUACGUUUAUGUAAAUGCGACUUACAGUUAAGUAAUCAGUGUAAAGUGAACAAAAACAAUAAGAAAGUAUUGCAGUAUGAUAAACAUAGUAACAAUAGUAAACAACAAUCAUCUAUUAAGAAAAUAAACCUGAAGUACAGUUAUCAUAAAAAUGUUCCUCGAAAAGAUGAUGUUUUGUCAGAUGAUCAAGAAUUUUAGUUGUGGACAUAUUUUUCAUAUAAAACCACAAAUGAAUCAUUUAUUUGGUAAAUCGAUUAACACUAUAAAACACAAAAAAGAACAAAUUGAUUAAGUUGCAUACAUUUUCAUAUCAUUUAUUGUAUGACAAUACGAAAUUUUUUUGUUUAAUAAUAUUGGAUUCAUUAUUUAGGAUAAUAACUUUAAAUAUUAAAAUUUAAGCAUCGGGUAAAUGCUUUGAGACUGGACUUUAAAACAAUUCUAUAUGUGAAGUUAAUUGCUUUAGUUUGCAAAUUUUUUCUAUAUUUUGUAUCAAAUUAAUUAGUCAACGCGAGUUCUUGUUUCCAUUUUUAUAACUUUUUGAAAACAUUCAUUGCAAGUUGUUUAUAGAUUAUGGCAUAUUUCUUUUUUUUAUACAGAUAUGUACACAUUCUAAUAAUGUUUAAAUUUACAAAAAAUUUAUAAUAAUUGGCAAACUGUCAUUAGAAUUACGUCUUUUUUUUUAUUUUGUUCUUGUUUCAUUUAUAUUUCAUCUUGAUCAUAAUUAUUGAUCGAAUUUUUGUUUGUAUUUCCCACUUUCCUGCAACAU